AUUCUCAAUGUGUUCAACUGGAGGACACUCUUGAGUAGUAAAGUAAUUUGUUGACUGUUCAUCCAUGUGCAUCCGUAGUCAGGGAAUUAAAAGAAACUAAAACCAUUUCGAUCAAUGUAACAUAGUAUAGUUUUGUGAAAAUCAAGUAAAGUCGCAUUUUCAAUUGUGAAAGUGAGCAGUUUUCAAAAUGAAAAUAAAUGUCAAAUCGCUGCGUUUCUUUGGUGGGUUUGUUUUUGGAGCAGCUGCAAGCACGGCAUCAUGUGUUGCAGCCUUGAACAUUUACAGGGAAGAGAUUCUUCAUCGGAAAGAAGAAGAACCAUCGGUGGCACCUGAAGGGCGAUAUGGCUUCCCCUUGACGGGUGCCGAUAUAAGAGUUUAUGCCAAUCAUUCGCUGUCAUAUGACCAGGCAAGAAGAACGCCGAGAUGGGUGGCAGAGCACCUAUCAAAUGAAAAACUAUUAGGGAAGGCCGAUCGAAAACAUUGCAAGUUUAGGCCGGAUCCCAAUGUUCCUGUACUCUUCACCGCGCACAAUGACGAUUACCUCGGCAGUGGCUGGUCCAGAGGCCACAUGGCCCCUGCAGCAGACAAUAAAUUCUCUGAGCAAGCAAUGGCAGAGACGUUUUACCUGUCAAACAUAGUACCGCAGAACUAUGAAAAUAAUGCUGGCUUCUGGAACAGAUUUGAAAUGUAUUGUAGAGAUUUGACAAAACGGUUUCAGGAUGUAUGGAUCAUUUCAGGGCCUCUUGUCCUGCCUGAAGUGGGCGCUAAUGGGAAAAAAACCAUCUCCUACCAGGUAAUCGGGAAAGACGAAGUGGCGGUCCCCACUCACCUUUUUAAAGUCAUCCUUGCCCAGAAGAAAGGGUUCCCUUCAGAUACGCUGGCUUUAGGAGCCUUCAUAGUGCCGAACCGGCCCAUCGGGUUCGAUCACCCCCUGACUGAGUUCCAGGUGAGCCUGACGGACCUGGAGAGGAUGUCGGGGCUGACUUUCUUUCCGAAAGUGGACCGGACCCGUGUCCCCCUCAAGAACCUGUGCAACCUGGACUCCUGCAAGCUAUUGAGCUUGAAGGACUUCAACCUCUACAUCGCGACCCGCAAGGUCGGUGAUGCCAGAAACGUUUACAAGCUGGAUAAGGCAAUGUCGGAGCUGAAGGAGGCUGGCAUCACCCCUGACGAGUACCUGCUCAAACUCUACGCUGCGAAGAAGAACGAGUUGGCAUCUAAAGAAGUUCCAGACCACAACAGAGGAGAUUGAUUUGAAUUCUUUAGCUUCAUUGACAGUUUUGGAAUUCUUGUAGACAGUGGGUAUAGCCGUACAUUGUUGCCAACAUUGCUGUUACUUUUUAGGUUUUCAGUGGUAGUGAUAAUGUUUUUAACAUUUGGUUUCAUGGUUUAUUCUGUUAAUUAUUGCAUUGCAUUCAUUUAUGUUGAACGGGCUGGUUGCAUAUUUAUCUUCAGCAACAGAAAAAAUUACUGCAUAAUUCAGGGGGUAAUACAAUUUUAAUCAACUUUUAUAUUACAGUAACAUUGUUGUUUAUGUUUUCAAUUUUAGCUUUCAUUUUGUGACAUUUGAAAUAUUAUAAACAAAGAAACUACUUAAGAAGUA